AUGCCAAAAGUUGCCAUAGACCUCCAAUUUGCAACUCGAUUGGUGAACCAAAGUUGUGUUGUUAUUCCGACGGUUUAUGAUGCGUCCAAUAAAAGAACGACGGGGAUGUCCGCCCAAUGGCAGAUGCCUAUCGACAAGAAGCAUAUAGCUCUUUUGCUUGGUGCGUUUUCCCACACCGGAGACCUUAUCACAAAAACGGCUUAUUAUGUUAUUAACAUUCCUCGUGUCAAGAAUUUGGAUGAUGUUGAUUACUUCGGAAUGCACCACGGUAAUGAGGUCGACAAAUUUGCACAAACAAAGUUCACACUGACCCACGUCCCAUGCAAAAAUGAAGAGGAAAAGACCCCAAACACAAAGUUAUGUAUUGAAGAAGCUCUUGCUUGGGUCGAACUCAAAUUGGAGUCAGUCACUUCAGUGGCCGACGAGUGUGAUCUUGAGUCCAAGCUUAUCAUUGGAGAGAUCACAAGAGCUUGGGCAGACAGUACUGACUUUGACGGGCAAUUUUACAAAUACGAGAAUAUGAAGAAAGAAGACAAACCGAUCCACUGUAUUAAUGAGACAAAAUAUGCAACCAUAGAACCAGUGGAUACUGUUAAUUAA